UUCUAUCACCUUGGAGGCGAGGAGUCGAGACCAGCUGCCAGGAAGCUGAGGACAGAGCAGUUUCGCUUCGCGCUGCUCCGGCUGGGGCUGGAGAAGGCUGGUGUGGCUUACUUUGGACCCUGGGAAUCCUGCCAUGGGGAGUUAGCGGGCCGCGGAGCCAUGCGCGGCCCGGCGCUGCCCUGCAGCUCGCUGGGGAUGGUUGUCCUCACAUUUGUUUGCAUGUUGACAAAGGAGUCUGUAGAAAUUACUCCAGUGCCAUACACACUGCAAGUCCAUCAGGUAGCUUUUGAUGGAAAAGACCCCCCUAACAUCUUGAGAAAAGAAAAGAGGCAGGUGCAGUGUCAACUGGGGCAAUACCUACAUCCCAGAAAGACCCACUGCUGCAUGAGAUGCCAUGCAGGUACCUACAAGGAAAAAGACUGUGAUCGGCCUGACCAGACUCCUGUCUGUCCUCCAUGUCCUAAUGGCACAUUUACAGCUGUUGAUAACACAAUGUCUAAAUGCUUCCCGUGUACACAUUGCCGUACAGAAUUACAACAGAUAGUAGAGAGCCCCUGCACCCCAAAGCAAGAUACCGUAUGUGGCUGUCAGAAGAAUCAAUAUCAAAUUGGCCCAUUUGAUCUCUUCCAGUGUAGAAACUGUAGCUCGUGUGUCAAUGGGAUUAUUGCCAGCUGUUCAAAGGACAGAGACACGAUUUGCAGGUGUAAGCCUGGAUUCUUCCUGACACUUAGUAAUGUUUGCAAGCCUUGCAACAGCUGCAUUGAAGAAGAAUGCUUGCAGUGUCACAGCCCAGUGACUACCUCACCAACUUCAUCCGGGCUGAAUGGGAACCUUAUCCUUGGCCCCAUUGUUGCAAUAUUUGGAGUAAUCUUUGUCCUCUACAUUGUAAAUAAAGUAGUGAAGCUGAUGCAGCAAAAUGGCAUACUAUCAUCUUUAUACUCCUGUGUUUCUUUGCCACAACCAACUAAGGAGCUGGUAUCUGAGGUUGAAGUGAAAAGAAAUGAAAUUUCCAUCCUUCUUGCUGAGUCCCAGAAGGAAACAGAAAUCAUAGUGAAUGCAACACCAACAACUGCACCUUCGCUGCAAAGUUCACAUGGGCUACCAGACUGUAUCAGCCCUGCCAGGAAGACACAGCUUCCAGACAACCCUGCUAUUCUCUACACUGUGGUGGAUCAUGUCCCGCUCUCUCGGUGGAAAGAGUUGGUGAGGCGUCUGGGUCUGAGUGACUAUGAUCUGGAGCGAAUCGAGGUGGAGCAUCGGCAUUUACGAGAUGCCCAGUAUGAAAUGCUUAGACUGUGGCAACUAAGCAUGGGCCAUGCGGCAACUGUGGAGCACAUCAGCUGUGUGCUCAACCAGAUGGAGCUGAGUGGCUGCAGCGAAGCUAUUCAAGAGGCUUUGCUAACCGAGAACUCUCCUCAACCUUGUGGCCUCCACAGCCAUCUUUAAUCAAUUCUGCUUUAGUUGCUCUCACUAUGGCUGUUAAGAGAGGAUCAUAACUCUCUUUCCUGUCCUCCUUUUCCCAUAUCUUGCUACUUUUCUAACACUCCUCAGCUUGGUUGAGACAGCAGCAGAUGAUGCUGGAGGAAAGUUGAGGAUUGCUUCACAAUCACUGUGCAGUUGAACACCUUUAAGCCAAGACAGACCUCUACAACAACUCCUUUCCCAAGGAGGGAAAGCACCUCAUAAAAGAAGUGGUUUGUGCACUUUGACCAGGAUAAGUGACUUGGGUAGGUUCAGGCUGGACGUGAGGAGGAAGUUGUUCAGCAUGAGAGUGGUGAGAGCCUGGAAUGGGUUGCCCAGGCAGGUGGUUGAGACCCCAUCCCUGGAGGUGUUUAAGGCCAGGCUGGAUGGGGCUCUGGCCAGCCUGAUCUAGGGUAGGAUGUCCCUGGGUAUGGCAGGCGGGUUGGAACUAGAUGAUCCUUGUGGUCCCUUCCAACCCUGACUGAUUCUAUGAUUCUAUGAUAUCAUCAUCUGCUUUAUGGACAAACUGUUGCUGAAACAGGUGCUCCACCCACCAUGUGGUGGGUAAAGUUGUAGGGUGAUUUGGUUAGAUGGUAAAGUACUUGCUCAAUUCUUGCAGAUCUUUUUUCUGCAAGAUCAGACGGUUGUACUGGCUCACAUUGAGGCCUUUUAAUAGCUAAAUCUGAUUUAAAGGAAGUGGUAGGAGGACACGCCUGUUUCUGGGAGCAGGAGAGGAUUGCCCCCUUUUGGUAUCAACUAGCAAUCGCUGUGUCAGAAGAGUCCUGGAGCUUCAGAAGUGGUAGCUCUCUGAGAAAUAGGAGUAUGUUAUCCUUUCCAUGCCCCCAUUUCCCUGAGGUUCAGGAAUAAUGAUUCUCAGCCACUGAGUCAGAUGAGAGGGUUGGUGCUUUUUUUUGUCAAGUUAUUUUUCUAUAUCUAAAACCCAUGUAAGAUGGCACUAACAAAACACCUGCCUGUCUGUUUGUCCAGCUGCAGAGGGGAAAGGAAUGUGUGUGUGUGUCUGCCUGGGCGGGAAGGUACCUGUGUACCUGGUAGUGCAAGUGCCUCUGCAAAUCUAUGCUUGUAUGCAGGUUGGCAGGCUUGUGUCUACCUACUUAUCUCUUUGAUUCACUGAAUCUGGUCUAACUGCAAGUGGGACUAUGUAUGUGUAUAUAUACAUGUAUAUAUUUAGGAACUGUUGAAUAACUUUACACUACUUCCUGGACUGCAUUCUGUGAUUGCUGCUUAGGUGUGAGAGCUAUUCAAUACCAUCUCCAGGCUCUUAUCAUCACUUUCUCAUGGGUAUUACCUUGGGUGAAGCAGAAGUAGCAAAAUUCAAUUAGCCUGCACCAGGCGCAGGUUGUCCACGCAUUGGUUAUGUGGAUUCUUUUUUAGUCUCUCAUCCCUUUACUAGAGAGAAAUUUUCUAUUGUAAAUGCACUAAUUGCUAUGAAUUAGAAUUAAUCUUUUUUUA